AUGUCUGCCCGGCUCAGACUGCCCAACAAGGUUUGUAUCGUCACUGGGGCUGGCUCCGGAAUAGGUCUCGAGACCUCGCUCCAGUUCGCAGCAGAAGGUGCCCGAGUGAUCUUGUCCGAUGUCAACCUUGCCGCUGUCCAAGCGGGCGUUGAGAAGAUAAAAACCCUGUUUCCAGAAGCGGAGGUGGAGGCGAUCAAGUGCGACGUGAGCAAGGAAGAAGAAGUCAAGGGUUUGAUUGAUGCAGCGGUGAACAAGUGGGGUAGGUUGGAUGUGAUGUUCAACAAUGCCGGCGUGAUGCUCUCCGACGACGAUGACGCUGUCAACACCUCGGAGAAGACUUGGGAUCUCACUCAGGCGAUCAACGUCAAGGGUGUGUGGUACGGCUGCAAGCAUGCUGUAAUUGCGAUGCGCAAGAACAAGCCUGAACCGGAGAAACUACUCAACGUCGGAGGGUCUAUCAUCAACGUUUCAUCAUUCGUGGCCAAGCUAGGUGCCGCUACACCUCAGCUCGCGUACACCGCUUCGAAAGGCGCUGUCAUGGCCAUGACCCGUGAAUUGGCCAUGGUGCAUGCACGCGAGGGUAUCCGUUUCAAUUCUCUCUGUCCUGGUCCCCUUCGUACGCCUCUAUUGAUGGAUUUCCUCAACACCCCAGAGAAAUUGAACAGGCGCCUGGUGCAUAACCCCAUGGGACGUUUUGGAGAGGCUGUCGAGCAGGCCAAAGCGGUGGUGUUCUUGGCUUCGGACGAUUCAUCUUACAUAAACGGGACUGACUUUAUGGUCGAUGGUGGUCUUCAUGCUUGCUAUGUGACGCCGGAGGGUCAACCAUCCCUGGCCGCACCCAAGGGUCUCACUUCAUGA